UUCAUGUGUAUAACCCAUUUAUUGAAGUUUAGGUCAAAAAUGAAAACCCAAUAUUGAUAUAUAGUCAUAUUUUUUAUAUAUUUACCAAUACUUUUUGAGUUAAGGUUAACAGCCCCGGUGGACUUUAAACAUGGCGGAUUAUACAUUUAUCGUGAUAUUCCUAUUGGCAGUUUUUGGUUUGGUUCAAGGCGGUGGAGGACACGGAGGUAGUCACGAUGAAGACGAAGAUAAAACGAAAAAGCUUACUGUUGGGCAGAUUGCGGCUAUUGCCAUUGGUGGCGGCGUGUUGUUGGCUCUGAUCAUAAUUGCUAUUGUUGCUAUUAUAAAGAAAUGCAAGGCCAAGCCGGAAGUGAACCCCGAGGAGGACAAACGAAACAAAACAGUGGUUACUCCCAUGGGCCGCACAAACAACCCGCUAUAUGAUGAUUUACCACCAAAGUACAGCUUGCGCUCUCAGGGGCCGGGUAAAGAUGUGUAUCUCCCUCCAUACCAAGGGGAGGAAAAGAAAACAGCUCUUCCGGAGUAAAUUACGAAUUACUGCCCCUGAGGGAUGACAGAGUAGAUUAUAAACUUAUAUUAUCUCGAAUGUUACAAAUUUAAAGAGAAUGUGCUUUGCCUAUGCAUUGAUCGAUGAGAAUUUUUUCGCAACUAGAUAUAUAUUUUUAUACGAAAUUCAGUUAAGAAAAUUAGUGUUAUUAUUGAAGUAUGCAAACAUUUAUGCAGCCUUGACUGAUAAGGGCAUUGUACAUGUAUAUGUGUGUGUUUUUUUUUCUUCUAGAAUUAAGAACAGUUCUGAUGCUUUGUCAGUAUAAUAUAUAUAUUUAGACCGUGUUUUACUUUUGUGUAACUGAUAUCGCAGAGACACGUCUUUCAAUUAGAUUAUUUAUUAUUUUGAAUUUAAGAACAUGGCAUCAUAAAAAAGUAUAUAAAUAUUAUAUAAAUAUCAACAAUUCACGCAACGCUACAAAUGUUCAUACUUGUCACAUUGGAAAUAUUACAAAUAUCCAAAUGGUACAUUUUUUUUUUCAAAAAGGAAACUUUGCACAUUGUAGACCAAUCCACUUUAAACAGAUCGUCACGAAAGAUAAUUAUAAUUCAUUUAUCGUCAACCACGUACGUGUUGUUUUACACUGUAUUUUUACCUUGUUUAUACCAUUACCAUCUUUUCACCCGACUCAUCAAUUUUUACCUAUGAAUAAACAUGCUUGAACUCAAAGGGGGUAAAGAUAACACGUCAUUCUCCAGCAUUGCAUAUUUUCAAUAUUUCAAAGUCUCUAGAUUAUAAAGAAUUUUGCUGUGAUACGAGGAUCAAUUGUUUAAUUUAAAGAAUAUGUACUGUUUUCAAUAACGCCCGAGGUAAGCCAAAUCCAUCCUUCCUGUUUCUGUGGCAUAUGACCCAAGCUAUUGUUGCUCCGAAUAACAAAACAUACCUGGUCCAACGGAAUUGCAAAUUAAGGUCCAAUUUGACUGAAAUAACAACUAUACAAAUGUAUUUUAUGAAAGUUUUUUUAAAUGUUAUUUUAUAACAUACAGGAUAUUUGUUUAUUUUAAUGAAUGUUUUUAAUAAUACAUGUACAAUGAAAAGUAAGAAAAAUUGCAAGUUUUGUUUUCAUGGGCGUAUAUGAAAAUACAGAUAUUUCCCCACUAAUUAAUGUAGGAUUUAAAGCAUAUUCGCACGCACGCAUGCACGCACAUAACAACAACAACAACAAAACAAUCAUUUUAGUUCAUGUCUCAGUCUUGCACAUUUUGUAAAUGAAAAACUAGCAACUUUCGAUUGUUUUCAUUAAAAUUGUUACAUGUAUUGGCAAUGAGUAAAGAAUAUACUUUUCAAUUUACUCAACGAUAUAAUUUCAUCAUCUUUAGAUUUUCAUUGUAAAUAUGGUUGUAUUGCAUUUUCAGCAGCAUACCACCAGAUUCAAGCCAAUCUUUUAUGAAAAUUUUUAAAAUUUAUUUAAAAAUAAAAUAUUGUAAAGUGAACAAAGAAAAUAAUUUAAACACUGCAAAGAACACUUCAAAUGCACGUAAUUAACAAAAACAGGUCACAGUAAGCAAAAAGUAGCCGUUACUAUGUAAGUAACGCAGUAUAAAAUAUGUUGAUAAAUACUACAAAAUCAGUUUACAUCUCAUUUAAAUUAUUACUUCAAUCUUAAAUCGUUUUAAUGAUUCUUACAUUCUUAGUAUAUUUUCCUUAUGUUAAUUUUUCUUGAAAUAUUUUGGCUCAUCUGGCAUGCAGCUUAAAUACAAGGCUUUCUAUUCGAUUAUCUACUUGUGUAGGUAUUUGACAUAUUUUCUAUAUAUAGUACAUGUAGUAUUUAUUUUUCAAAUAUAUAUCAUUUACAAGUCAUCAAUCUAUCAUGCAUUGUCUGUAUUUAAUUAUUUGCUGCAUAUUAUAUUUAUAG